GGAAGCUGAAAACAAACAAACCGGUUGUCAUUAUCAUGGUACUCGUUUAUUGUUAUUUGGGAUGAAAAACCUUCAAGAAUAUUUAACAUCUCGGUGGCUCCCAUGCAUAUUUAUAAAGGUAUUAUUAUCGAGGGUCAUUUCGCAGUUCAUGUAUUUCCGAAUGUGAUGAUAUAUCAAACUCUGCAAGUGUUUGGAGUGCACGGUUUGGAGUGCGGAUGUAAAAAAGCGCGUAAAAGUGGAAUUAAAGUCAAUAAUUGUUAUUGUGGUUUAUUGCAAGUGGUUUAAUUUAUACUACUUCUGCAGGCCGCAUAUCUAAUCGUGAACAGCAUAAUGGUCAAGUUUUAUAUCGUGGCGCUCUUAACAUUUGUGGAUUUGACUCAAACAAACUGUCAAGAAACUUCAGUGCUGGACGAACUUUUCUUACCAAUAGCCAGACAUUUUCAAAUAAGCAUAGGUAAAGUUUUUAGAGAUAUCGAACCGUCCAAUCGACGACUGCUCAAGCGAAUGGGAAAGGCAGUACCAGUGGUAUCUCCCACGAAACAGUUUCACUGUGAUAUAAAAGAUUAUAAGCCCAGAAGCGAAUCAAUUCCCGACAGUGUGCACAAACUACGGCCUGGAGAUAUUGACGUAAUUGGUGCUAUGGGUGACAGUUUGACUGCAGGAACAGGAAUAUCUGCCACCAGUGUCCCCGAAGAAGUUCUUGUGUCUCAGAGAGGUAGAUCAUGGUCAGGAGGAGGUGAGAAGAAUUGGAGACACUUCCUGACUCUUCCAAAUAUUUUAAAAGAAUUUAAUCCAAAUUUAAUAGGAUUUGCAACUAGAUCAGCAUACAGUACAGAAUGGGCAUCGCAAUUCAAUGUAGCAGAGCCGGGUGCCAUAUCUGCUCAGAUGCCAUUUAUGGCUACAGAAUUAAUCAAGAGAAUCAAAACGGAUCCUAGGAUAGAUGUGAAAAAUCACUGGAAAAUGAUAACUUUGAUGAUAGGUGAUAACGAUUUUUGUUCAGAAGUCUGUUUAUCAAAUAGUUAUUACAAAGCUAUCCAGAAACAUAAAGAAGAUUUAUAUAAAGUUCUUAGAUAUUUAAAGGAUAAUUUAGCCAGAACCAUAGUCAAUGUUGUGCCACCACCAAGAUUAGAUGUGCUAUAUAAAAUGAGAAACUUGCCUCUUAGCUGCUAUUUAACACAAAACGUGGUAUGUCCGUGUAUUAGAAAUCUAAUAUAUCAAAAUAAAAAAAGUACAAUGAAAGACUUGAUGAUUAAAUGGCAAAAAGCAGUAAUGGAAAUAGGUGCGAUGCCAGAAUGGAAGUCCAAUGAUUUUGCUGUACUAGUCCAACCGUUUACUUUAAAUCUUACAUUUCCUAAAACACCAAGAGGUGCUCUGGAUUAUAGUUAUUUGGGACCCGAUUGUUUCCAUUUUUCAGAAAAAGGACAAGCCUUAUUUGCCAACGGUUUAUGGAACUCAAUUAUGGAGCCAUUUGGACACAAAAACCCAGAUGGAACUGAUAACGCCUCCAAAUUCCAUUGUCCUUCUGAGAAACAUCCCUAUAUUUAUACAUUGGAGAAUAGCUGACUACAAUGAUCACUAUUUCAUUAUUUUUAAAGACUUGUGAAUGCUCUCUCAGGCCAUUACAUUGUAUAAGACUGUACAUUAAUGUAAUAUAUGUGAUAGUAAA